UGUCGGUCGUACGGUACAGCUGAAGGUGAAAGGGAUUCCUGCGUCCAGGUUUCUGCCUUGUUUGCAAUUGUCGGUUGGUCAGUUCUCGUCCAUAAUGUCAUCCAGGGGUCUUUUCUUAAUUCGCAGACACGUCUGCAAGCGAUUGUUGACACCGCAAUACGUGUGCAGGACAUAUGCGUCUCGUCCCCCUUUAAAUGAAGUAGUGAUUGUGAGUGCCGUCCGGACCCCUGUGGGCUCAUUCAUGGGCAGUCUGUCCACAGUCCCUGCCACUCAACUGGGCUCCAUCGCCAUCAAAGGGGCCGUGGAGCGAGCAGGUAUCCCUGUUGAGGAGGUGAAGGAAGUAUACAUGGGCAAUGUGCUGCAGGCGGGAGAAGGACAGGCGCCCACCAGACAAGCACUGCUUGGGGCAGGCCUUCCCAUCUCUACCCCCGCCACCACCGUGAACAAGGUGUGCGCCUCGGGGAUGAAGUCUGUCAUGCUGGCUGCUCAGAGUCUUAUGUGUGGACACCAGGAUGUCAUGGUGGCUGGUGGGAUGGAGAGCAUGUCCAAUGUCCCAUACAUCAUGGCCAGGGAGAUGCCUACUUAUGGGGGAGUGAAAAUGGAGGACCUCAUUGUGAAAGAUGGACUCACUGACGUCUACAACAAGUUUCACAUGGGUAACUGUGCUGAAAACACAGCGAAGAAUAGUGGGAUUUCCCGGGAGGAGCAGGACAAGUACGCUAUCAGCUCGUACACUCGCAGCAAAGCAGCAUGGGAGUCUGGUGUGCUUGCCAAGGAGGUCGUUCCAGUCAGCAUCCCUCAGCGGGGAAAGCCUGACCUGGUUGUGAGCGAAGAUGAGGAAUUUAGACGAGUCGAUUUCAGCAAAGUGCCCAAACUGAAGGCCGUCUUCCAGAAGGAGAACGGCACCGUGACAGCAGCCAACGCUAGCACGCUCAACGAUGGCGCUGCUGCCCUGGUUCUCAUGACUACCGAUGCUGCCAAGAGGCUCAAUGCCACUCCUCUGGCCAGGAUUGUCUGCUUUGCUGAUGCCGCAGUCGCUCCCAUUGAUUUUCCUAUUGCUCCUGCCUUUGCUGUGCCCAAGAUCCUGAAGACUAGUGGUGUGAAGAAAGAGGACAUUGCCAUGUGGGAAAUCAACGAGGCUUUCAGUGUGGUUGUCCUUGCCAACAUCAAGAUGCUGGACAUCGACCCCAGCAAAGUCAACAUGAAUGGUGGAGCAGUGUCUCUUGGCCAUCCCAUUGGGAUGUCUGGAGCACGAAUUGUUGGUCACAUGGUUCACAACCUGAAACCAGGCCAGUAUGGACUUGCAGGCAUCUGCAAUGGAGGUGGUGGGGCCUCAUCGAUCCUCAUCCAAAGAUUUUAAGAAGUUCUCUGUGGAUGAGGUGCUCAGGCCCAGCCGAUCAACUGCCUGGACGCACUGAAUGUCAGCUGUGUGUUGUGCAGGUGGAUGUAUCAAAUUGAGCUUCUAUUAUUUAUUACAUGAGACUUCUCGUCGAACCAUCAGCCUUAUUUCUCACUGUUACACUUCAUGUACUUUAACUCAGAAGUCGCUCCUACAUCCUAUAAACAUCUCAUUCUGCAGCAGUAACUUGUCAAUAAAGACCUUUGGCAAGAGUGAUCUUUUUAUUCUUCACUUUGGUGAUCUGGAUUUGUUGAUGUGCCAUAGAAAUGUUUUUAAUGCAUAACUUUUGACAGUGAAGAACUGUAGUAAAUGUUGAAAAUGAUAGUGAGUUAGUAUUAAUAAAUGAGACCAGCCAUACAUUGUUCAUUACUUUAGAGGGAACCAUCUGGUCAAUGACUAAAUGUAAAUGUAGCAUAUUCUGUAAAAGCACCCCAUUGAGAAAAUUCUUGUUGGGAUGGGGUCGAAUUCCCUUUUCUUGCUGUGAAAUAAAGUUCAUGAACAAGAUUCCAAAUUAGUUAAAAUGCCACAAUAAAAUCCAUUUUUAUGCACAGCA